GUUUUAUACAUAAAUAAUUUCCUGUCACAAUGAUCUUGUAAAUAUUAUACACUUAAUUAUACAAAAAGAACAAUGUGUAUAUACAAUAUAAUAAUGAAAUGUGUGUCUGUGGUCGUCCUUUUUACGCCAUUUCCUGUUGCAUCACCAACACCUUUAAAUGGUAGAUACACAAAAUCGAUAGAGAAUUAUAAACUCACAGUUCCCCACAAACUUGAUUCCCGGGGAGACUUCCUGUCCUUCGACCUACCCCAUUUUUUCGUUCAUGACCCCUCGAAAUCUCGCAGGAAAAGAACGUCGCAGGAUUCGAGCAUGGUUCACUACGGUCUGACACUGAACGGUCAGGACCACGUGAUCGAUUUGUGGCCCAAUCACGAGUUUCUUUCGGCCGAUCUGAUUGUGGAACGUAGAGAUCCGAAACUGAGGAGGGCCAGUGAGAGAUUUAAGCGUAUUGAUAGGGAGAAAAUUUGCCAUUAUACCGGUGAGGUUCGAGGACAAAAUGGAUCUAGAGCGGCUUUAAGUACUUGCGAUGGAUUGGCUGGAUAUAUCAUUCUUGACAACAAGCGGUACUUUAUAGAACCUUUGGAACACCAUCAACCGAAUCAACAGGGUCAACAUUUGCAUAUGAUACACCAAAGCAAUUCCCACGUUGACGCCAGAUCGGCCCAUUGCGGUACCAGCGCCGAUUGGGAAAAGGCUUGGAAGAAACGAUUCAGAGACAAGUUACUCAAGACAGGUCAAGCUGUCGUUGGCAAACGAGGAACAACGAGUGAACAUAGAUAUCUCGAAAUACUAGUGGUUUGCGAUAAAAAGUUUAUUACUCAUCACAAGGAUAAGGAUAUGGAGAACUAUAUUAUGACAAUCAUGAACAUGGUAUCAGACUUUUACCACGACGCUUCCAGCGGCAACCAAAUGGAUAUCGUAGUGGUGCGCGUUAUGUAUUUAGAAAAAGAAGAAGAGGAAAUCGACCUGGUGAUAAACACCGACGCGGAGAGCACGCUUGCCAGCUUCUGCAAGUGGCAGGUCAAGAUUAAUCCCAAAGAUAUAACUAAUCCGAAUUAUCAUGAUAUUGCCGUCUUGUUAACGAGCGGCAACCAAAUGGACAUCGUCGUGGUGCGCGUUAUGUAUUUAGAAAAAGAAGAAGAGGAAAUCGACCUGGUGAUAAACACCGACGCGGAAAGCACGCUUGCCAGCUUCUGCAAGUGGCAGGUCAAGAUUAAUCCCAAAGAUAUAACUAAUCCGAAUUAUCAUGAUAUUGCCGUCUUGUUAACGAGGUACGACAUAUGUGCGGAUGAAGGCAAGGAUUGUGGACUUAUGGGCUUAGCUUACGUCGCUGGAGCUUGUACGAAAGAAGAAAAUUGUGCCAUUAAUGAAGAUGGUGGUUUAACAUUGGGAAUCGUUGUCACACAUGAAAUUGGCCAUGUAAUGGGAUGUGCCCAUGACACCGAGGGCGAGUCUGCCUGUCCAUCACAAGCAGAAGAUGAGUCUUAUUAUAUUAUGGCUCCCUACGUUCAUAUGUUUACUACACGCUGGUCUACGUGUAGCAGAGGAUUUAUGACAGCUUUGUUCGAGAACAACUUGGGUGAUUGUCUCAACGACGAACCAGAAGUAUCUAUUUAUUCGAUGAGAAAUGCCCUUCCUGGAACCAUUUAUGACUCAUGACGGCUCAAUGUGCGCAUUAUCAAAUGUUUUCCGCGAUCCCCUGACUUGUAUACUGGAAGAGGAGGAAUUUUGUGCAACGCUGUACUGCAAAACCGAACCUGGGUCCUGUUCGUCUAGAGGUGAGCCUACCAGCAGAUGGCACCAAGUGUGGUAAUAACAAAUGGUGUUUUCACAAAAAGUGUAUCGAGAUAGGAGAACGACCAGAUGCAGUAAAUGGCGGUUGGGGACCUUGGGGUUCCUGGUCAUCCUGCUCAAGAACUUGUGGAGGUGGCAUUUCCAUAGCACAAAGAGACUGUGAUAACCCAAAUUCCUUCCAGUCACGGGGGAAGAUUACUUGCUUGGGGCGAAAGUAAGAAGAAAAUAUAAGAUAUUAAUAAAAGAGCCUGUACCAGUUAAUCAACCCUCAUUUAGAGAGGUCCAAUGUACAGAAAGAAAUAAAAUUCCUUUUAAGGGUGAGGCUUAUCGUACUUUGGAAAACCAUAUCUUAAAAAAGAGGAGCCUUGUGUGCGGUAUGCUCUAAAAUGAAACUGAGGAAGUUUAGCAAAAAACUCGAGCCAAGGGGUAAGGGACGGAGAACGCGCGAAAAGUCAGGCACAGGCAACAAAGAAUUCUGUUGUAUAAGGUGGCCAACUUGGCGAGAAGGUUGGGUGUGAUUAUCAACUGGAUUCAGAUGCGGUCGAAGAUGUGUGCGGUAUUUGUAAUGGCGACGGAACGCAGUGCAAAAUUAUAGACGAGAUCUACAAAGACACCGGCGCUCGUGAUUACAAGAAAGUGGCGACGAUUCCCCAAGGUAGCAGGAAUGUGAGGAUCGAAGAAUUGGCGCCGUCAGUAAACACUAUCGCUGUUACCGAUAAAUCGGAGAAGAUAUUUUAUCUGAACGGAGAGCAUCGUGAAGAGCAAGACGGAACGAAGAACUUUGGAAAAACGGAAGGUAUAUACAAUCAUCCAGAACCAGGGAGAGAAUCCUUAACCAUACAUGGACCCACCACGGAAGAUUUAAUAUUUCAUGUCUGCUUUUACAAACCGGAAAACGUCGGAUACCGCUACAAGUAUGCCGAACCAUCGUCUGACCUGAACUAUUCCCCCCAUUACCACUGGGAAUUGCUGGAAUGGACAGAAUGCGAUGCAAAAUGCGGCGGCGGAAUUCAGCUCUCCAAAUUCGACUGCAUCGAAGAAAAAGCCGGGAAAGUGAGUACGAAUUUUUGCGCCGGAGAACAGAAACCCGAAGCUAUGACUAAGAAAUGCAACGAACAACCGUGUAAGACAAAGUGGAAAGUUGGCAAAUGGAGCCAGUGCAAAGCGUGCAAAAACAUCAGUGGACUGCGAACUAGAGAAAUACAGUGUGCCAGAGAAAGUUCCAAACAAGGUGCAGAAGAUAUCUUAGUCGAAGAUUCCAAUUGCGAAGGUAUCAGACCCGCUACUAGCGAGUUGUGUGACUCUCCUGUAAAAUGUAAGGCCAGGCAAGUUGAAUGGGCUCCGGAGGAGAUGUUGAGAGAUGUUUGGGUGCAAGUCAAUAGAAUAAAAAGAAGGAAUAGCAGGAGAGAUCUGGACCUAGAUAACUUAGUAGAUGCCAUAAACCUAAACGACAAAGACAAGUGUGAAAACACUAACGAAACUACAAAAGGCCCCAAAAUAACUUUCAGUGUCGGCGAAAUUAUAAAAGACCGAAUUCCUCAAACGGAGAUAAAACUUCUGAAGGUACCAUUGAAACAUUCCCAUGAUACACUAAACAUUUCUGACAGUGCCUUUGAAUCCAUGGGCGAUACAGUUGGAGAUCAAUUAGACACCGGACAUGUCGUCGUAGUAACAGGUCAGGAAGCUGCAGAAGAAUUAAAAGAAUUGGGACAGAAUAGUUUGGAAAGACAGAAGUUGUUGUCUUCGACAGUUGAAUCAAAUUUUACGACGACAGUGAGAACAGAAAAGACGGAAACUACAACUAUUAGUUCCAAAAAGAAAGUUGCUUCGAAAGACAAAGCAAAACAUGAGGAUAAGAGAAAAGUAAAUAAAAAGAAUUAAACCAUUACAGUAAAAUACAUAAAAUGAAAGGUAAUGAUUGGAUAAUAUUAUCAUUUAUAGUAAACAUAACAAUACUGUAACCAAGGAAUCUAUUAAAAAUAAUUAUGUAAAAAGUAUUUAUUAGUUUAUAGGAGUUUGUAUAUCUAUAUACUCAUAUAACAUAUAUAUUAUAUAUAUAUUAUUUAUUGUAAUAAAGUAUGUUUUUGACAAUUU